AUGGAGGCGGAUUACGAGGGCAAACCGACAGAGGAGGAGAUGAGGACUCUGCGCCGAGUUCCCGGCAGCCUACCCAUUGUCGCCUACCUAAUCUGCAUAGUAGAGUUCUGCGAAAGAGCUUCUUACUAUGGUGUUCAGCCCUUGAUUAGCAACUACGUUAAUCGACCUCUACCGGAAAAUGGAAAUGGUUACGGAGCUCCUCCGGUGGGGACCCAGGAGACGGGCGGCGCUCUAGGGCUCGGACAAGUCACGGCAAAUGCCAUUACUCAGUCCUUUAGCAUGUUGGCAUACGCGCUACCUAUGCUCUUCGGCUGGCUCGCCGACGUGAAGACCGGACGUUUUGCGCUUAUCUGCUGGGGUGUCGUGGUAUUCGGUGUUGCUCACGUCUUGAUGGUUGCCGCAGGUGCCAAAGACCUUUUGGCAGCCGGCACGGCUAAGAUUCCCUAUUUCCUUUCCGUGUAUAUCUUAUCAAUUGGUGCCGCUAUGUUCAAGCCCAACGUCUCUCCCCUUCUACUAGAUCAAAUAACCAUCACCGUCCCCAAGGUCAUGACGCUAGCCUCUGGCGAGCGUGUAAUCCAAGAUCCCGAGUCUACUACCGAACGAGUCAUGCUUUGGUUUUACCUUCUGAUUAACAUCGGUGGAUUUAUGGGAGUUGCUACAUCCUAUUCGGAGAAGUACGUUGGAUGGUGGCUUGCAUUCCUCAUCCCUCUUCUACUCUACCUUCCCCUUCCGCUCCUUCUCUGGUUCCUCUACAAGCGAUUGAUCCUUCAUCCUCCGGGCGGAAGCGAUCUUGGCAACGUUUUCCGAGUCCUUGGCAUUUGUCUCCGCCGUGGUGGUUUUAGGAAGCUUGGUCGCUCCGGUUUCUGGGACCUGGCUAAGCCGUCGCAUCUCGAAGCUGCAGGCCUCCACUACAAGACCGACUGGAACGAUGAAUUUGUUGACGAUGUGCGACGAACAUUCCAGGCUACCGGUAUUUUCUGCUUUUUCCCGAUCCAGUAUAUUAACGACAACGGUCUCGGUGCCGCUGCUAGCUUCCUGUCAACCAUGUUGACAACCAACGGUGUUCCUAACGACGUUAUUAACAACUUUAACUCGCUUAGUAUCAUUGCUAUGGCGCCGGUCUUGAACUACGGCUUGUAUCCUCUUCUACGGAAGCUAAACAUUCAUUAUGGCCCGGUUGCCCGUAUUACCACCGGGCUCGCCAUGUCGUCGGUGGGUGGUGCUGGUUAUGCUAUCUUGAACUACUACGCGUACCAGCAGUCUCCCUGCGGCGAGUACGGUUCUAGCGACUGUAAGAUCGGUACUAGAGUGGCCCCUAUCAGCAUCUGGUGGAUGGCUAUCCCAUUUGCCAUUGGUGGUAUUUCGGAGCUGUUCGUCAAUGUGCCCGCCUACGGUAUCGCAUAUUCGCGUGCUCCUGUUAAUAUGCGUGGUCUGGUAUCUGCUCUGAAUUUGUUUAACACGGCCGUGGCCUACGCCAUCGGUUUAGCUUGCUCUUCCGUCAUUACCGACCCGUACUUGACGUGGGAUUUCGGCGGCCCGGCCAUCGCCGGUGGUGUCCUCACCAUCGUCUUCUAUUUUACUUUCCGACACAUUGAUAAGGAAGAGUAUGUCCUCAGCCAGAACAAGGACUACCACCUUCAGCUCGAGGGUACCGCUAGCGUCGUCGGCGAGAACGAGCUGAACAAAUCCGUUAACCGCCCCGCGCCUAUUGCCGAUAAUGAAGAGAUGAUGAUCUCGCAAAAACAAUAA